AUGGAGCCUGGACCCUGUAUAAAUGUGGCAGCUGAGCAGUUUCUGCAAACUUUAGACACGGAAAAAUUAGAAACUGUUGUGUUUGACGAUAUUCUCGUUUGUUAUUCAGAUAAUAACAAAGUAAUAGGGUCAUAUGAGUGUCAAGUUAGAGAAGAAGAGCUAGGAAUGAAAGGAUUUCUCGUGAAAGCGUCAAGCAGAAGCAUGUUAGGUGAGAUACAUUGCACUACAGCACUCGAAGCGUUUAUAAAGUUCCCUCUUGACACAGUUUUUCAAACAAAAUUGGAAACCAUGGUGAUGGCCGGAAAUGUUGUGGAGAAAAAGUUUUCUAUCCAACUAGUUGAAAAUGUGUAUGAAAUUAGUCGUACGGAAUCAGUGAAUGGAGAGAUUAAAUCCUCAAUGAAGAAGGAGUUAGCUAAAUCAAGUUUGUUCGGACUCAUUACUGAGGGUUCGGAUUUGAUACUCCAAAGAAUGCUUGUCAAUUAUCCUUUCACUGUUCCUAUCGAGGUUAUUGGUUUAGAUACAGACUAUAACUUGGCUACAGUGUCCUAUACUAAUCUUGGGGAGAGCAAUAUAUUUGUCGGAGACAGUGAAAUAUCAGUCAGAUGUAUCCAGAAAACUGUGCAUUCCCAAACAGCUAUGCCUCUGUUAUGGCAAACUUAUUUUAUGGAGGAUGGCCAUAUGAUACUAAAGGUACAAGUUGGUUCUCCAAUCACAAUAAAGGUUGACACAAUACCUGAACGGUUCGAAAAAGAAAAGUAUUUACCUAGACCAGUUAUUCAAAAGGUUGCCCUAAAUUGGGAAGAUGAUCUGGAACUUUAUUCGCGUUUUUUAGACCGAAAGGACGAAAUCAAAGCUCAAUACCUAUUAUAUCUACGUGAUCAUCCAGAGAUAUAUGAUAAGAUUUCUGAUUUUAUCAAAUCAUUAUUACUUAAAAAACCAGACGAGGUAAUGAAAUAUGCUUCGGAAUACUUCAAAAGUUUUUCAGCUCGCUCGUUACCAAGCAGAAUAUUUCCUGUAAAGACUAUAUAA